GGUUCAGAGUCUAAAACCCUAACUAAGGGAGUGAGAGUUUUUGUAAUUUGGCGCGAGGCGAGACCGUUCUUCACUUCGCCUUCCUGCUGCUAAUGUGCAGUAGAAGAUGCAUGGGUUCUGGAUCAAUGGCCGUAACCAGGAAAGCCCUGGAGUUUUUUGCUCAACUACGAAGAAGCAACAAAUUCCCAGAUUCAUGGACCUGUAACAAGUUGCUCCACCAGCUUAUCGCCUCCAACUGCGGUGAUCUCUCGCUGAAGAUACUGUUAGAUUUGCUCUCCAGAGGGUACCAUCCUCACCUCUCUUCCUGCAAUUCUAUUAUUGGGUUUUUCUGUAAGUUGGGUAAUCUGAAAUCGGCUGAAGAUUUCUUGAAAUGGAUGUUUAGAAUCCGUUGUAGGCCUGAUAUUGUUAGUUAUAACUCUUUGAUUGAUGGGUAUUGUCGGGUUGGGAAUUUGCUGGGAGCUUCUUCAAUUAUGAGUCGGAUUCGCGGUGGCAGAUGUAAGCUUGAUCUGAUUACGUUUAAUAUUCUGAUUAAUGGGUUCUGUAAGCGUGGAAUGAAAAGAGAAGCUUUGGUGUAUCUUGGUUUGAUGUGGAAAUGUUACUUGCCAAAUGUGGUUACCUAUAGUACAUUUAUUGAUAUGUUCUGUAAAAUGGGAAAUUUGAAUAUGGGUUAUGCAGUGUUUACAGAUAUGAUGAGUGCCGGAAUGCCUCCCAAUUUAGUGACUUUUACUUGUUUGAUUGAUGGGUAUUGCAAGGCUGGUAAUCUGACAGUUGCUUUCGAGUUGUAUGAUAAAAUGUUGGAGUCUUCACUCUCUCCUAAUGUUGUAACUUAUGCUGCCUUAAUUGAUGGUCUUUGUAAGCAAGAGAUGUGUGAAAGAGCUGACCAAUUGUUCAUGAAAAUGUUGGAGGAUGGGGUUCAACCCAAUCCAGUGGUUUACACUUCGAUGAUAGAUGGGCACUUCAAGAAAGGGAAUAUGGACUCAGCCAUGAAAUAUCUGACCUGCAUGCAUAACCAAGGGAUCAGACUUGAUAUAGUGGCAUAUGGGGCAGUAAUUUGGGGCUUAUGCGGUAAAGGUCAUCUGGAUAGUGCACAGGAGACCAUGGAAGAGAUAGAGAGGAGGGGACUGAAACCAGACAAGAAGAUUUUUACCACCCUUAUAGAUGCCCAUUUCAAAGCUAAGAAUAUGAAAACAGCUUUGGAUGUGUACAGGGAAAUGUUGGAUAGAGGGUUUGAAGCUGAUGUGGUAACUCUCUCAACAUUGAUGGAUGGGCUCUGUAAGAAUGGGCUUUUGCAAGAGGCAAGAGGCUAUUUCUGCAAAGCAAAGGCAAACGAGAUUGCAUACACUGUACUCAUUGAUGGAUUGUGCAAGGAAGGAAAUUUACAUGAAGCUGAGAUGUUGUUUAGGGAGAUGCAAGAGGCGGGUUUCCUUCCAGAUAAAUAUAGUUACACUUCUUGGAUUGCUGAGCUCUGCAAGCAAGGGAAUUUGGUAGAGGCAUUUAGGGUGAAGAAUGUCAUGGUUCAUGGUGGAACUGACCCUGAUCUAUUCACUUUUAGCUCCAUGAUUUGGGGCUUGGCUAAUAAAGGACUCAUGAUCGAGGCAAAAGAGAUGUUCGAUGAUAUGUUGAAAAGGGGCAUCAAUCCUGACUCUGCAGUUUAUGACGUUCUGAUCAGAGGCUACCUCAAGCAGAACAACACUGCUGCAGUUGAUAAUUUAUGUGACGAGAUGAGGAAGAGAGGAUUACUCAUAAGAGGUGCAGCACAUGGAGAUGAGUAAUUUCGCACCUGCAAAAUUGGAACUGUGGAAAGAACUUGUGCAUUUCAACCUGGGGCAUUUUGAGUUGUCUCUGAUGGACUAUUUUCUUCAUUUAAGAAGAGAUUGAGUCUGUGUUGAAUUUCAGAGAUGUUACAUUCCGUGAUAUGGGUGGGACCUUCAGUUUCAACUAAUCCUACCUUCCUCCAAUUGCAUAUUGUUUUGCGCAAGGAUGAGGCAUUGUUUCUAUGCUUGGAAAGUUUAUACUUACAAAAGUUACCAGGCUUGCUAUGUGAAUGCUUUGCAGAAAGUAAACUAGCCAUCCCAACUCACAAGCUAAAGAUGUACAAUUGACAAAGAAGCUAUAGGAAUUCAGAAUGAGUUUGAUCAAUUGAUGCUCAUUGGUCCACUUAUAAUUGGAUGAGGAGAAUCAUGUGGGUCUUACAUCUGAUUUUUAAAGCAUGGCCUAGUCCUUCUCUAAGAAUCUAACGACUCUGGUGGAUAGGAUUGCCAAUGAUAGUAGAGCUAGGUCUUAGUCCUCUAAAUAGAUUGUUGUUCAUUAUUUAUGAGAUUAUUCUUCAAUAAAAAUUAAAAUCAGGUUUUGUGUA